UUUGUAGGAAAAUUAAUAUACGCUCCCUUAGUCAUCGAGUGAAAUUAUUCAAGACAAAUCCAAAUAGAGUUGCAGAAUUCCUACUAUACGAAGAACAAAUAUUUGUUUAACCCGUGAACAAUGAGUGCUCGACGAGGACCUGAAGAAGAGGCAGAAGAACUGGAUGGCGGGCCAGGACUGGCUUAUAUGCCAUUUGUUGUCAUGGAUGAUCUACUAGACAAACUCAAACUACUAAACUAUGACAAGGACUUCCUCAUUGAAUUGAAGAUGAAACCAUUGAGCAGGCAUUAUUUUGCAAUUGCAACGAAUCCUGGAGAGCAGUUUUUUCUCUUCACUUCAUUAGCUGCAUGGCUUAUUCGCAAGUCAGGCAGGAACAUGGAAGCCCCUCAGGAAUAUGAUGAUCCAAAUUCAACUAUAUCUAGCAUCCUUGAUCACCUGAGGCAGUUGGGUGUUGCAGUAGAUUUCCCACCGAGUAGACUGAAAACUGGAUGUGGCGAACAUGCAAUUUUUGUUCUUGAUCGUCUUGCUGACUUUGCACUCAAGGCGUCAAUGUUUGCUUGGAGAAAACCUGUGUACCCUUCCGAAGAUACCGGUGGUGAUGAUGGAGAUGUUGAGGAUGAGGCAGAACUCACUUUAGACAAAGUAGAAGAGGAGAUGAUGGCUGACUAUGACGAUGACGAUGAUGAGGAGGAAGAAAAUAUCUUACAUCUUGACGAUCUCAAAGAUUUGACCAAAAAUCAAGGGGACGCAUGGCCCGAUGAAAUCUUGCAUUCCAACACAACCUCCGAAGAGUGGAGACUUGAAUUGGAAAGGGUUCUUCCUCAGUUGAAAGUUACUAUUAGAUCAGAUAACCGUGACUGGCGAUCUCAUAUCGAGCAGAUGAAUGAGCACAGAGGAAAAAUCAACGAAACGUUGACUUUCACACAGAAGCAACUGGAUAGCCUCCACACAGAAAUUAGCCGCAGCUUAGAGAAAAUACAUUCGAGGGAAAAAUACCUGAACGGCCAACUGGAUCCUUUGUUACAGGAAUACAGGAAUUUACAGAACUUGGCAGCAGAAAGUCGUGAACAGUACCGGCAAGUAUCAGGGAGUUUAGUGGAGAAGUCUCACGAACUGGCUCAAAUUUCGGAUGAGCUUGAUCGCGUCAAACAUGAGAUGGAGGAAAGGGGCUCUAGCAUGACUGAUGGCACACCGUUGGUGAACAUUCGCAAAGGCCUCACAAGAGUUAAGCAGGAAAUUACGGCAAUGGACGUAAGGAUAGGUGUCGUGGAGCAGAAACUCUUGCAAGCGAAACUGAAGGACAAAACAAAUAUGCAGAGAGAUAUGAAUGCCCCUGUUUACAAUAACAUGGACAUGGGUCUAUUCUAGUUUGAUUUUUUCAUUCUUUAUAGAUUUGGCAGGUGUCAUGACUUGUGUGUACAAAGAAUAAUGAUGGUUGUUAUUGCAAUUAGGGUGAUUUGAGAGAAUUAUUUUUGUGGUGUGGGACUGUUUCCUCGAGAAUCAAAAGGAAAAUGCUUUUGAGUACUUGGUAUUUUCUUCAAGCGUGUUCAUUAAUAGGUGGAAAGUGUCUUAUCAUAAUGUGAUGUUUCUUAAACAUAAGAAGUUUUCUUGAAGCAGAAGUUGUCAUUGUUUAUAAAUGAUUGUUGAAUGCCUACCCUGACUAUGUAUAUUGUAAUACCAGAAUGAAAGGAACUGUACGUACCAAGAUUUUUUUGUAUUAACUCUGCUAUGUCUUACUUUGAUUAAAAGUUACUUAGAAGUUUUGCAUGAUUCAUGCGUUUAUAAAGGGUAUUUUAAGCUUUUACGCAUUAUUAUUAUUAUAAUAUGUAUUACCAAAAACACCAUAUAUGUUUCACCCCCAAAAAGUAUUUAGCGUAAUCACACCAUGUCUUUGUCUCAUUUAUAUUAAUUUCUCAUUUAAAAUUAUUUCUAGUGAUGUACUGGUCAUGGCUCAUGUCAAGACAUUUUAAAAUUUUCACUGACCUGUUGAAGAUCUUACAGAGAUGGGAACUUUGUUUUUUGAUGUUAUCAUGUCAGUUGUAUAGUUUCUCUGUGUAUUUAUGUUCUUUUAGUAACUAGAAAACAUGUUAGUAAUCAUAUCUUGAAUCAAAGUUCCUAUUGGUUUUCAUCCAGUCUUGUAAAGCUUUUAUAGUUUUUAUAUAUAGGUACAGUGUGUUGAAUUUUUAUAUUUAUAUAAUGGUACUCAGACAUAAAUGCAUUAAUCUUUAUUACUAAAAGAUCUGGCUUUAAUAUGAAAAUUUUCAGCCGUCCGCUAUUAAAUAAUAUCCGUCCAGGUUAAGUGGGGCUCUGUAGUGUUCUGCUUUACAUUUAAGAGUUCACAUAAUGAUUAGAAUUCAGUGCCUUUAUAUACCAAAGACAACAUAAUACUUGACGACAAAUUAAAGUUAUUGUGACGAUAGAUGCAUCUGUGCACUAUUUUAUCUAUGUUACUGUACAGUAAUAUUUAUCUAAUGACAGGUUCCUAUUUAUUCUAUUUUUAUUAUAUUUAUUUUCUUUGUUUGUUAAUAUCUUUUAUUUAUUUAUGUAAAUAAAUUGUACAGUAUAUAAU